CAUAGAUAUAGAGAUAGAGUUAGACUCUACUACUUGUUGAAUAGAUUAUUUUUUCGAGACCGUGGUCACCAUGACGGUGCUGAACUUGAGCGCAGCAUGCCUCCAGGAGGCCUUCAACGAAAAAUGUGUGCUGAUUACGGGCGCCACCGGAUCCUUCGGGCAGCACCUUUAUAACCCGCUCAGGUGUUACAAUCUCAAACGUUGCAAUAGAAUAUGGAAAUCUGUGAUGCAAGAGUGCAUGAUCUAGCCAACUCUCAUAGGAUUGCGCAUGACAAGUUCCGGAGCCCCAAACCCCACUACAAUCUGGCGAAAUUUGUAUUGCAAAAGGUGGAAUGCUGCGCGAGUCUGUCAUGCUCAUCAUGAAACACAUAUUCGAGACUCUAUUGUAACGCUUGAGAUUGUAACGCUUGAGCAAGUCAUAACCUUGUUUCCAAAAUUCUGGAACACUGCACCCCAGCUGCGAUCGUGAUUCUGUCCCGGGACGAGCUGAAACAGUCGGUCAUGCAAGAGAAGUUUGGGAGGAGAGUAGCCUAUGUAAAAACGAAGCCCGCCACACCCCAGAGUCGUCAAGAUCAUUUUGCAAUACAAAUAAAUCUAGAAAAUGUUUUCUUGGGAGUCCUCACGCAUGUUGACAAGUUCUUGCAGGCUGUAGUGUAGUGCAGUUUAAAAAUAUUAGCAAAGGAAGCCCCCGCAUAACAAAUCCAUGUUCUUAUCCUAAUUUCAGCAUUACAAACUAUGCUAAAACACGAACAGAAAUGCUUCACUCUCCUGCGGAGUAGACACCGCAUUACAAAUCGACGAUUCCUGUAUUUGUAAUUGAAGACCCGCAUGACAAGAACUAUGGGGUCGUGUGGGCGGCCCUGUUUUUCCUCAGGAUAGAGAGCCACCGUGAAGUAUGAACUGCAAAAGCAUCGUACUCGUAUAAAUGCAUUACAAAUUUCCUCAGCAUGAGAUAUAAAAAUUUGGAAUGCGGGUUUACCUGAAGAAAAAAAUUUGUAAUGCAUGACUGCAAUUACUACGACUACGAUACUUUUGCACAGGAUAUGGAGUACCUUCUCGGGGACAUCCGCGACUAUGAAAGGCUGACGGACGCCUUCGAGGAUGUGGACAUCGUCAUCCACGGCGCUGCCUUGAAGCAGGUUCCUAGCCUCGAGCGCAACCCCUUCGAGGCGAUAAAGACCAACGUGCUCGGCGCGAACAAUGUGAUUCGGGCGGCGGCUAUGCAAGAAAAAAACUGUAUAAGUGUAACUCUGUGUCUAUAAUGCAGAACAUGCAACAGAAUAAUACACCUGUCAUGCCAGACAGCCAUGAAGUCCUCUUUAUUUAUGUGUGUUUUAUUCCCUUACAAGCCACGCAUGACAGGUUUUCUCUGUCAUGUAGAGGAGCAAAUUUGUGAUCAUUUCAUGCUGUCAGCUGCCAAUAAAGGAAGUUACACUAGCACAAUUUUUUUCUUGGAUAGCGGUGGCUUGCGGGGUGAAAAAGUAUUAUAUGUAAAAACGUCCCCACCCCAUAGUCAAGUUGGGAACUCAGCAACAAAAAUCUAGCAAAUCUAGAUGUUUUGGGAACAACGCAUGACAAGUUGCGCGCCGUAGUGUAGUGCAUGUUAACAAGGACAAGCGCAUCACAAAUCCAUCUGCUUAUCCUGUUUUCAGCAUUACAAAUUCCAAAACACGACUGGAAAUGCCUCCCUUGGGGAUGCGCAUGACAAAUGUUCCUGUAAUCGCAAAUCUGCAUGACAACUCUGGGGUUGGAAGUUUGCGAGAAUCAGAGUAAGGAAUUGUUGGCAAAAAAGUGAGGCGUUGUUCUGUUGGCAAGUGGGCACAAGUUGGCACAGUAUGGCUGUUGGCACAGUAUGGAUAUGGUUGGUGGCGAUAACAGAGUUGGAAUAUAGUGGCCGGGAGAUGAUGGUGAUGGCACUUUGGCGUCCGCCUGACCCACCCGCCCUGCGUCUCAAGCCAUCUGCGGCCAUGGCACAAUGGGGGGGCAAAGUGUGUCGCAUUUUGUUUAGCAUGACAACUCUGGGGUGGGGACGUUUUUGCUCAGGAUAAAAAGCUGAUCGCCCUCAGCACCGACAACGCCUCGUCUCCCGUCAGUCUGUAUCAAAAUGAAAUCCUCCCCAUAUUGAAACGGAAAUUUCUGUUGCUGGAUUUGCGUACACAAAUCAGAUCUGUCUUGCAGCGAGGUACUGCAGGCAAAGCCUAAGCCUGCGUAUGGGGGGUUUGGUGUAGGUGCUUGGCAUAGCACAGGCCUGCCAUGAUGCCGCCACAGCAUUACAAAUCGCCUGCAUAAAGCGACAGACUCUUUGUGCUUGCCCUCCUGCAUCAAGAGAGACAGGAUUUGUGGUCACAAAUCAGCAUCACAAAUUUUCAGACGUGUGCCUUUUCAAUACGGGGAGGGGGGAUUUUUCCUUACAAUAGUCUGUACGGCGCCACCAAGCUCUGCCAGGAUAAACUGAUGGUGGCUGCAAAUCACAUGUACCGAGGAAAUAUCAAAUGUAAAAAUGGCUGGGUCUGCCCCCAAUUACAUAAAUUUGGCUGGGUGAGGUAACUCCCAAUUACAUAAAUUUGCAUAGGCUUUAGUUGCUUAAGUGUUCAAAUCGCAUACAAGUAACGCUCUGCGCGAAGGAUAAAAUUGCAAUAAGAGUUAGUUCCUGAGAUCUUAGAUAGUUCCGAAAUCCGCAAUACAAAUCCAAGGUCAGUUCAAAUUUCAGUACAUAGUUCCUCUCAUGCUCCAUGUCAUAAAUGCUUCCCGAUAAAUCGAUGAUCUAGUAGUACUUUACUUUAUUUACCUAUAGCUCAUAAUGAUUCUUACCCGAAUGCUAUAAUAGUUGUUAAUCUAGUUUUUAAUGCGCAUUUUGGGGGAAGGGUCAUGAACAGUAGUAGUGUCAGCGAAUAGUAGUGAGCAUGCACCCACGGUGUGCUAUUCGCACGGCCAUGACACUACUGCGCGAGCACCCACAGGCUCCCAGGUGCCUAGCGCUUUGGCCAGCGUAGCACCUCGGUAGAGCCUGCGGGACCCCGUGGGCAGAAGUUCAUUGCACCCAAUUUGUACGUUGCGCAAGUGAUAGUAUAAGUAGUAAUAGUUAGUUCCACCGGUGGACAUAUUAGCAUGCUUAAUCUCUCUCUAAAUAGUGCAAACACGUAGUUCUCUUUUAUUUUCUUUCUUCAUAAAGUUCAAGUCGUUCUCUUCCCUGUGCUGUACCAAGGUCUUGUUUCCAGACAAAACACCAGACAUUUUUACAUUUGAUAGGAAAAGCCCGCCAGGCACCGGUGGUCUCGGUCGUGCGCCUCGGAAAUGUGUUUGGCAGCAGUGGGCUAUCAGAAUCAAAAAUCCCCCCUCCCCAUAUCAAAACGAAGUUUCUAAUGCUGGAUUUGCGUACACAAAUCAGAUUUGUCUUGCUGGCGAGGACUACAGGCCCAUAUCAAGCCGGAGUACUUGAGAGGUUUUGGCCUAGGCGCUUAUCAUGACAGACGUCGAUGCUGUAGGAGCAACAGCAUGACGAACUGCCUGUAGCAUGUGGCGGAGCCUGUGGAGUUGCCUUCAUGCAACACAGAGACGAUUUGUGGUCACAAAUCACCAACAAAAAUUUUUUCCAAUAAUAUACCUUGUCCAUAUGGGGAGGGGGGAACGUUCCUCGCAAUAUGGGUCGGUGGUUCCCCUCUUUUUGCAGCAGGCGCAGCUGAGUGGGACGGUGACCGUGACCGACGAGAACAUGUAUCAAAUGCACAUAUCCCUGGAUGUUUGGAAGAUUGCCAGUUUUGUCAUGCAUAUUUUGCAUAACCCAUGAUGCCUGUAAUGCAUGUCCGAGCAUUAUAGAUUUUUAAAGGGCCCUCUGAUGCGUAUUCCGCAUAAGAAACGCGCACUCUGCGUAGCACAAACUGAACUCCUCUUGCUGGUCAUGCAAAAAUACUUACAGACUUUUUUCACCUUCCAAAGACAGCAUCACACGUUGCAACCUUCCAGAUUUCCAGGGAUAUUUGCAUUUGAUAACAUGACGCGUUUUACAAUGGCUCUGGACGAGAGCGUUGGCUUCGUGGUGAAUUGCAUCAACAUGAUGCCUAUCAACUGCAACUAUCGAUCUGGAUGUCUGGAAGGUCGCAAGACUUGUCAUUGAUGUUCUUUUGUAUGACCACCCAUGAUUGUCUGUGAUGCAUCACCUAGCAGUGGUUCACAGAUUUUUUUUAGAGUCCGUCCUUAUGCCUAAUCCGCAUGAGAGAUAAUGCCCUCGUCUCUGUGUAGCAGGAGAAACUAGGUUCCUCUUGCUAGUCAUGCAAUUUACGGAUUUUUUUUUUAGGAUCCAAAGACAGCGUCACAAGUUGCAACCUUCCAGAAUUCCAGGGCUAACAUUUGCAUUUGAUAGUGCGCGGCGGUGAGAUUUUCGUACCCAAGUUGAGUACGUAUCGCCUGGGCACUCUGGUGGAUGUUUUUGCAAGUGAAAACAUAGCCGUAAGCACGGUGGGCGCGCGACCAGGGGAGCGAAUUCACGAAGUGAUGGUUCCUAUCCUGUGCAAAAGUAUCGUACUCGUAUAAAUGCAUGACAAAUUUUCUCAGCAUGAGAAAUGAAAUUUGUAAUGCGGAUUUACCUUCAAAAAAAGAUUUGUAAUGCAUGUUUGCAAUUACUACGAGUACGAUACUUUUGCACAGGAUAGUUCCGCAGGAUGAAGCAGUGAACGCGCUCGAGUUCGACUAUCAAGUGCAAAUAUGAUUGGGUCUGGAAGAGUGCAAGUUUGUCAUGCUUGUCUGGCAUGACUCUUAAAUCUCUCAUGCACAUUAUCCAAGAGCUCCAUUUUGUUGUCAUGCAGAAACGCAGUUUGUCAUGCAGAAUAGGCAACACCCAGAAGCUCAGAAGCUUGUCGUCCUGAGCCAGCACUUGUGGCCUCCUCAUGAUACGCCACCCUGCAUCACAAGUUGCCAGGCCCAGACAUAUUUGCAUUUCAUAUCGACGACCACUUUGUCAUUUGUCCCGACGGCCCUUGGUGGGAUGCGGAGCGGAAAUUCUACAAGGAGAGCAAGCAGGGGAAGCACGUUGGGCGCAACUUUGUCUACUCGAGCAACGGCGAUGAGAGUGGGCCCUCUUAUCAUUUGUAAAAACGUCCCCAUCCCAGAGUCAAGAUGGGGAUUUUGCAACACAAACCUUAAAGUCUUGGGAGCCACGCAUGACAAGUUUCAGUCUGUAAUGUAAAACUGCAGUUUAGCAAGGGAAACCGCAUAACAAAUCCAUCUCCUUAUCCUGUUCACGGCAUUACAAGUUCCAAAACACAAUGGGCAAUGGCUCUCAUGGGGAUGCGCAUUACAAAUGCUCUUGUGCUUGCAGAUCUGCAUGACAACUCUGGGGUGAGGACGUUUAUUUUACACGGGAUACUUCUAGCACGUUCGUUAGCAAAGAGGAUCUCCAAGGGCUUUUAGCGGACGUGCUCGACCGAGCCGAAAACUGA